CGCGCCGGGAGGGGGGUCCGGCGACGCCAGCCGAGAGCAGCUGCAAGCGGCGUCCUCCGCGAAGGCAGCGUCGAGAGUGGGCAAAUGGCGGCGGCGGCGGCGGCCGAGUGGGCCUCACUGUGCGAGACUUUCCACAGCGCCCUCAACCUCUCCUACGUGGAGUCCAAGAAGGACCCGGACACCGAGCCCUACCGCUCCAAAUACGGCGCGCGGGAGCUGCUCGAAGGCCUGAAGCAGCUGCUGGGCGCCGGGGAAGCCGAAGGCGCUCGCGGCCCUGGCCAGGAGGAGGAGGAUGAGGAGGCGUCGGCCGAGGGCGAGCAGCGGCUCCGCGCGGUGCGCCUGGCCGUGGUGGAAUACGAGCUGGGAGUGAACCACACCGAUACCCAGGAGUGCUCCGCCGGCGAGGAGCACCUGGUCAAGUGCCUGCAGCUGCUGGAGCGACACCGCCUGUCCCGCGACUGCGUCUCCCUCUACAUCCAAGCCCAGAAUAAUCUGGGUAUCCUCUGGUCAGAAAGAAAUGACAUUAAAACAGCACAGACUUAUCUGGAAUCUGCAGAGGCUUUAUAUAACCAGUACAUGAAAGAGAAUGGGAAUCCUCCACUUGAUUCCAGCGAGCAUUUCAUGAUGGAAGAGAAACACUCAGACCAAGAGCGAUCAAAAAGGUUUGAGAAAGUGUAUACUCAUACACUGUAUUAUCUGGCCCAAGUCUACCAACACCUGGAAAUGACUGAAAAAGCUGCCCAGUAUUGCCACACCACUCUCAAACGGCAGCUUGAGUAUAGUGGCUACUACCCAAUAGAAUGGGCUCUCAAUGCAGCCAUUUUGUCUCAAUAUUAUCUCACCAAGCAAUGUUUCAUGGAAUCCAGGCAUUGUUUAGCAGCUGCCAGUGUCAUCAUUGGCGAAGCUGGACAUAUGCCAUCUGCAGAAGACAACGAAUCCGAACAAGACCAGCAAGAUCUUCGACAGAAAAAAGCUGAAAUUGCAAGGUGUUGGAUUAAAUACUGUUUGAACCUGUUACAGGAAGCCCGAAAGCUGCUUGAGGACAAUAUUGGUGAGCUGGAUCCAGACAGGCAAGUGGAACUGAAAGCCCAGCAGGAAAAAGAGGAGGAUGAGAAGGAAAAAGAAAGAAAAAAGGCUGUUCUUUUUGGAACGAGUGAUUUGUGUGAUUCUAUUUUGGCCAUGGAAGAGAAAGUGAGUUGUGUGUUUCCAUUAGACUUCAAAGAAGCCCGAGAAGUCUUCUUAGUAGGUCAGAACUAUGUCAAUGAAGCCAAAGAGUUCUUUCAGGUAGAUGGGUAUGUCACGGAUCACAUUGAAAUUAUCCAAGACCACAGUGCUUUAUUUAAAGUGCUGGCUUUCUUUGAAGAUGAUUUUGAGAGGCGUUGCAAGAUGCAUAAGCGUAGGAUCGAUAUGCUGGAGCCACUGUACUCCGGCUUAAAUCCUCAGUAUUAUCUGCUACUCACUAGACAACUUCAGUUUGAAUUGGCAGAUACCUAUUAUGAGAUGAUGGAUUUAAAAGUGGCCAUUGGCAAUAAACUAGAAGAGCUUGACUCCCACACAGUCAAGAAAAUAAAUUCGUUGGCUCAGAUGGCCAUGAAAUUCUAUGAGCUCUUCUUAGAUUCACUGAGGAACCCUGAUAAGAUCUUCCCAGAGAUCCUUGAGGAAGAUGUCCUACGCCCUGCAAUGGUGGCCAAAUUCCAUAUUGCACGCCUUUAUGGCAAGCUUAUCACUGCAGAUGGCAAAAAGCAGCUGGAGAAUAUGCAGUCCUCCUUGGAAUAUUACUCAUUUCUAGUGGAUUAUUGUGAGAAGCACACAGAUGCGGUCCAAGCUAUUGAAACUGAGCUAGAACUGAGUAGAGAAAUGGUUGAUCUUCUUCCAACCAGAAUGGAAAGGCUAAAAGCAAAGCUUUUAACUUCCACAUAACUUCUUUUCUCUCCAUGGCAGUGUGCAAUAUUAAUAUGUCUGUCUAAAAAGAGAGUGUCCCUUAACGGCAGUUUCUUUGUAAUAAUUGAACAACUUUCCUUUCAAAUGCCUGCUGUGACAGGCAGCAUGGAACCUAUUUCAGACUGAAAACUGUCCAGUGUAGUUGCUCUCCCAUACUUCAAUAUUAAAUAUACAGUGAGUGGUCAACUGAUGCUCUGUACUAUUUGCACCCUUCUGACAUGCGAGCCUUCCUGCCUUAUAUUUUUCUCCUGCACUGCAUGGCCAGUUUCCAGCUGCAGUGUUGCUUUCCAGCUGUUUCCUAUACUAGGGAACGUUUUGUACAGUCCUAGCUAUCAGCAUAACUUAGGCACUUGGCUGUGUGGCACUGAUCCAGAUUUAGAUUUAAGAUUUUUGUUAACAAAUCACUAAUUUAAUUGUGUCAUUUUUGUAUAUGUUGUCCUUCUAUCCCCUUUUAGAGGAAUCCGUAAAUAAACAUACUUGAUGGCAAAAA